ACUCAAUCGACCGUGCUCGCCCAGCCAAGCCCGAGCCCGCCCCCGCCGCUGCCCCCGACGCUCGCACUCUGCCUCGGCGAGCCUCCUUGGCACACCGCUCUGCAUGGCCAAGCCUCCCAAGAGCAGCUCGUCCUCGCCGCACCCCGCUCGCCCGCCGCGUGUCUCUCCCACCCACCACAGUCCACGGCGACGAGCGAGCCCCUCCCCCUCCCCCGCCGUCCUUGGUCUCUUCGCCACCCUCGCAUCCGCCAUCACCGCCGUAGACGGAUCUCCUGUCUCCACACCGCCCCCAGACUUCCUCUGCCCCCACCUAGCAGCGACCCCCACACCCACCCAGGCGCCCACUACCGUGCCCAGAGUUCGCAACCGCCGCCGAGCCGCGACCCCCUCAACAUCUACCGCACAGACCACGAGAUCCGGGCCCGUGGCCGACAAGUACGUGUCGUGCGACGACGGGAGGUGGCGCAAAACAGACGUCUGGACACUAUAUGGAUCUACCUUCUGUGCGGGCACCGUGUGCUCCGCGACCGCGACCUCCACGCCGACCGCAGUCGACGACGACGACGACGCUGGAGAGACCUCUGCAACUGUCACGUCGAAGCCUGCCGCUAUCACUGACAUGGACGUCUCAAAUGGGGAUGCCCUCCCUUCAGGCUGGAACAAGUCCCCUUACAUCCGCGACGAUCCCCUUACGCCAGUCAUCAUCACACUGUCAGUGGUCUUAGCCGUAGGUAUAUGCGCUUUCAUCGUGCUCUGCGUGGUCUGGCGAAGGAAACGAUCGCGUCGGCCCAAGGAUCCAGAGGGGCGAGCGCGAAAGAAAGCCGACGAUGAUGAUGUCGGAGAGGAGCUACAGCGUAUGAGGUCCCAGCAACGUCUUUUUGCAAGGGCAUCCGCUCGUUGGAAAGCAAACGUGCGACAGGCGGCGCGACGGCGACGGAAGCACACUCCCUCUGCUACCAAGGAUGUCGACACGCGCUCUCUCGUUGACCGACCAGCACACUCCUCAUCCAUCUCUCUUCGCUCCUCUGCCUCGCAUUCCAGCUUCUCGCACAGCAUCACGGACACUACGUCUUCCGGGCGUCGGGACUCCUACGACCACUCAAGCUCCGCACCACACCAGACGCACUAUUCGCCUAACAGACCUCCUGCAUAUCUUCCAGAACUAUCAGAUUCACCAACGGCGCCUGCAGGAGCUUCCCCGCCCGUAGGGUCUUCCCGUCCGCCUUACAGCAAAGCUGGCUUCCCUAAUGACGGCGCGCACGGUCCUCCAGCUCACGGAGACGACCUACCACCCGCAGACCCCUUUAACGCCGGCCAUAUCGCUACGGAUGACAAAGCUGCACUUGCACGUAUGGCGUCGCUCGCGAGUACACCGCCUUCCACGAGCGGUUCGCGCUCCGAGGAGGCGGAAGAGCCAUCGACAUUGUUCCCUCUGGUUCCUGUUCUGGAAGACGAGUUUGAGCCUAUCCCUCCCGAGCUCCGGAUCACGGACUGUGACCACUACGAGGGGAUAUAUUCAGAUAUGUCCGGCGGUCGUGAUGCCCCAUCACCGGGUCCGUCCUCCCUUUUCCCAGCUUCAGGCACACAGACGCCCUCUUAUUCGCGUGAGCCCUCCCCGCACCCUCCGACUCUCCCUGCGCCACCUUUGAGAGGUCGACUUGCUGCACCCACGUUCUACGAAUACCCUGUGUCAUUCGAGGAGGAUGUCUUGUCAGCUGAGCCGGAAGCUGGUCCAUCCGCACCCCCAUUCGACCAUGGUGACAGCCUUGCGGCGAGCGCACCGCCGAUGGAACUGGACUACGAUCCUAUGGACCUGGAUGCGCUGCCUUCUGCACCUCCUAUGGGUGAUCUUGAUGGUGGAUUGUCGCCUGAGGUGCCGGACGGCGACCACUGGACAGCCUCACGACUGUCAUUUCGUCCAGCGCCAUCAUUUGAGCGGUCUGUCAGUCCUUUGGUGCCUGAUCCGCAUGCUAGUCCACCACAAUACAUCCCAUGACAUGCUACCUCUGGAGAUGGGCUCUUCUGGUAGUUCUAGCCAGUGUAUAACAGUACCUUAUUGUGCUAUCGUUGUUCAUCGUGCUUAUCCAUCAUCUGUCGGCUUUUGGUCCCUUGGAUUAUCCUACUCCGAUACUACUCUACAUACAUAAUAAACGCGGAGUCUACGCUGCCGGACACUCACUCGUAAGACCACGUAAGCCAUACUGCAAAUAGCAACACCUCGGGCCACUGCAUCGUGCAUGAAUGCAUGACAGCUGACUACAAUGUCAAUCCAUACAUACAGCGCACGCAAAAUGAUCCAG